GCUAGUCCAUCGGCGCUAAGGCUUCCAACUGAGGUGAAUGUGAUUUGGGAUUCAAUGAAUUUCUCACUGGAAACCCGUGAUGAGGUGGCUCCUGCCUUGGAUUUUAACGGUAGCCAGUAUCUAUCAGACCCUCUCACAGAACCUCAGCACCAAUCAAGUGGUGACCUCAGUGGAGUUGUAUAACCGCACGCAGUACUGCAAAUGGCCCUGCAAGUGCCCCAAAACGCCCCCGACCUGCCCCCUGGGGGUGAGCCUGGUGGUGGACGGCUGCGACUGCUGCAAAGCCUGCGCCAAACAGGUGGGCGAGACCUGCAACGAGAGGGACACCUGCGACUUCCACAAGGGGCUGUACUGUGACUACAGCGCAGACAAGCCUAGGUACGAAAAAGGAGUGUGUGCAUAUAUGAUUGGCACUGGCUGUGAGUAUGACGGUGUCAUCUACCGCAACGGCCAGAGCUUCCAGCCCAGCUGCAAGUACACCUGCCUCUGUGUGAACGGGGCCAUCGGCUGCGUGUCGCUGUGCGCCAGCCAGCCGCCCCCGCGCGUCUGGUGCCAGGCUCCGCGCCGUGUCACCAUCCCAGGGAAGUGCUGCGACACGUGGAUCUGCGACGACGCCCAGAGGGCCCGCAAGACCUCCCCCAGACAUGUGGCCGAGAUGCGUUCCCGUACCAUCGAGCAGCACCAGAACUGCGUCAGUCAGACCACGUCGUGGAGCCCCUGCUCAAAGACGUGCGGCCGCGGCCUCUCCACGCGCAUCUCCAACGCCAACGCCAAGUGCGAGAUGCUGAAGGAGAGCCGCCUGUGCACCAUCCGCCCCUGUGAGGUGGACAUCACCAAACACAUCAAGGAAGGGAAAAAGUGUCUGAAUAUCUACAGGGAGCCACACCACCAGAACCUCACUCUCUCAGGCUGUGUCAGCACCAAGGCUUACUGGCCCAAGUACUGUGGAGUAUGCUUUGCUACUGAUGACCGCUGCUGCAUCCCGUACAAGUCCAAGACCAUCGAAGUGGACUUCCGUUGUCCUAACGGAGCUGUGCUGUCCUGGAAGAUGAUGUGGAUUAACGCCUGCUUUUGCAACCUCAGCUGCAGGAAUCCUAACGACAUCUUUGCCGACCUGGACCAAUUCUAUGAUCACAAUGAGAUUAUGAACUGAUGUCAACACAGAAGAGUUUUCUACUCAUGUGAUGUCAGCCGAGUUCUGUAAAAAAAAGACAGUGGAUAUGAAUGAAAAAACAAAGCAGAGAGCCAAUAAGGAUGUUCCCUCCAGAUCCCGUGACGCUUUUCUCCCGUAAAAACUCUUCAUUCACCUAGUUCAAACACAGCCAUUGUUUGUCUUGAUCUUUUUACAUUUUUUAAAGUAUAUAUUUUUGGCCUUUUUGCCUUUAUUAAGACAGGACAGUGAAGAAACUGACAGGAAGCGAGUGAGAGAGAGAGAGAGAUAGGGUGGCUUUGGGAAAUGACCCGGAAACCCAGGCUCGAACUUGGAACCUGUCUGUGUCACAGGGGCUGUGACCAGUUGAACCACUGCGCCCUACUUUUUUCUUCACCUUAGAGAGGCUGGAGUGACCUGAACACCAUGAACCAGAUCUUCACAUCUUUCAGUCUACUGUGGACCCAACAACAUUGCAACUAUUAUAAACAACUCCAGAUCAAGGAGACCUCUUUAAUGGAUGUUUAACUUACAGAUGAUGUAUCUGAUAUAUACCGUAUCAUUUCUUUUUUAGAAUGGUGUUGAGCCAUGAACUUUCAAAUACAUCUUUUUAUCAGCACAGUAUGGACCGAUAAGUCAUGCAGUGGAGAGGUUUGCCUAAUUAAAGGUUAUAUGUAAUUCAGGUGCCUAUUAAAUAACUCUGAGUCAGGUUACUGUAAAGCUAAUUGGCUCCUCAACCCCUGUUUUCUGGUUAGAAGCCCAAACAGGGCCUGGAUAUUACUGUAUUUUAAGCUACAGUGAUAACAUUGUAUGUUUUAUUGUGCGACUUGAUGUUCUUGUGGGUCCAUCUAAUGCAUGCCAGAGCAAGAUCAGAUCUGAUCUGAUGAUAAU